AUGGGUAGAAGACCUUGUUGCUCCAAAGACGGAUUGAAUAAAGGAGCUUGGUCUGCUCAAGAAGACGAAGUCCUCAUGGAUUACAUUAAAUUCCAUGGUGAAGGAAAAUGGAGAGGCCUUCCCAGUAAGGCAGGUCUGAAGAGAUGUGGAAAGAGUUGUAGGCUUCGUUGGUUGAAUUAUCUGAGACCAGAUAUCAAGAGGGGGAACAUAGCCCAUGAUGAAGAGGAGCUCAUCAUCAGGCUUCACAGGCUCCUGGGGAAUAGAUGGUCGCUGAUAGCAGGGAGGCUUCCUGGACGAACAGACAAUGAAAUCAAGAACUACUGGAAUACUAAAUUAGUAAAGAAGGUGCAAGACCAUCCUAAAACAAUAACUUCUUCUACUCAUAGGCACUCAAACUUGUCUAAAGACGACGACGAUGACAACGAGAAGAAAAAGAAGCCAAUCGAGCCAUCACCGACGCCCAACACGGAAUCGCGAGUAGUUCGGCCCAAGGCAGUGAGGUGCACCAAAGUUUUUCUCAGUCCACCAUGCAAUAACCAGCUGGUUGAACCCUUUGCGACCUCCACAGCAAUGGACUUAGAAUCCAAUGACUGGCUGUCGUCGUUCAUUCCUGAGGAAGAUAAAGUUUUUCUCAGUCCACCAUGCAAUAACCAGCUGGUUGAACCCUUUGCGACCUCCACAGCAAUGGACUUAGAAUCCAAUGACUGGCUGUCGUCGUUCAUUCCUGAGGAAGAUAAAGUUUUUCUCAGUCCACCAUGCAAUAACCAGCUGGUUGAACCCUUUGCGACCUCCACAGCAAUGGACUUAGAAUCCAAUGACUGGCUGUCGUCGUUCAUUCCUGAGGAAGAUAAUUCACUGGAUUUUAUGAUGGAUCUCAAUGUGGAUGACUUUGGUCUAUCUUAUCUCCUCAAUUCUGACUUUUUCCAGCUUUGCCGUUACUAUAAUGGAUUGGUGGGGGAGAUCAGCUGCUGCAACGACAUAACUCCAUCUUCCGACCAACCUCUCUUUUACCCUGACGAAUUGCUGGUGUAG